UUCCGGUGAAGAAUGAAGCUGGUGGUGUCGAUUUCUUUUUGACCGUUUUACUCAGACAUCGGUUCUGGCCAUAUAUCGAUAAUAACUACAACUAUGCCUUAAUUUUUACUUUAAAUGUUAAUUUUUGAAAGUAUUGCAAACGAAUAUUCAAUUCUAUAAAUGUAAUUUACUCCGAAAAAAUCGUAUGCAUCACAGUCCAACGUGAUUGCACUGUUUUCGUCGUUGUUGACAUCAAUUCCGAUUCAACAACAGCAUGAAUAUGGACGGCACCAUGUAUCAAUCAUACGGCACUGGACUGACGCCGCAACACCAGCAGAGUCCAAUGAUGUCACCAGCUCUAGGGGGAUUUGGUCAUGGACUUACCCCAAAUCCAGUUAUGCCUCCAUCAAAUGCUCCCAGUCUGUAUCCUCCGACCCCAACACCUGGCGGACCUAUGACAGCCCCAAUGACCCCAAUAUCACCUGCUACCCCGGCGUCAGAAGCGGCUAGUCUCAUGCCACUGAGGCCACAAUUACAAAAUAUUGUUUGUACUGUAAACUUGGGAUGCAAGUUAGAUCUGAAAAAAAUUGCACUACAUGCAAGAAAUGCAGAGUACAAUCCAAAACGUUUUGCUGCUGUUAUUAUGAGAAUUCGAGACCCUCGGACCACUGCUCUGAUCUUCAGUUCUGGAAAAAUGGUUUGCACAGGAGCCAAAAGUGAGGAACAGGCAAAGUUAGCAGCGAGGAAAUAUGCAAGAAUUGUACAAAAGCUUGGUUUUCCAGCAAAAUUUCUGGAUUUUAAGAUCCAAAAUAUGGUGGGAAGCUGUGAUGUGAAAUUUCCUAUCCGCUUGGAGGGAUUAGUGCUGAGUCAUGGCCAGUUCUCCACCUAUGAACCUGAGUUGUUCCCAGGAUUAAUCUACCGAAUGGUCAAGCCUAGAAUAGUGUUGCUGAUAUUUGUCUCAGGGAAAGUUGUGUUGACAGGUGCCAAAGUGAGAGAAGAAAUCUAUGAAGCUUUUGACAACAUCUAUCCCAUACUGAAGGGAUUCAAGAAGCAAUAGUAUCGAACAGCAGUCCCUGUUAUCAUUGUACAUAUUGUCAAUCAUUCAUUCCAUCAUUUUGUUUCAUCAUCAUUAAUAAUUAUUUUCUACAUGCAAGAUGUCAAAUUUAGGUAAUAGAUUUGCCAGUAUACGAGAAUUUUACCUAACAUUUUGAAUGAAGGCAUGAAAGAUAAAGUUAUUGGAAAUAAAAAAAAAACAUUAUUUGGUGGCAUACUAGCUUAAGAAGUUGCUCACUGUACGGUAGGUAGGUUGGUAGUUUUCAAUAUUUGAUACUGUAUAGUAAAUACAUUUUAAUUAUGGUUCAUGUGAAAAGUAUUAAAUGUCAUCCUUUCCAUACUUGUUAGAAAUAUUUUGCUGUAUACCGGAAAAAUUUUGCCCAGUCAAAUAUUCGCCCUCCACUGGUAAAAUGUGUAUUCGCUCAGUGUAAUGUUGUCCUACGCAUACAGUUACUAUGUAGAGUAAGCUGUAUACUAUAUAUACAUGAUACAUUUGCUCUUACUGUGGAAGACGAAAAAGGUGAAAAUAAAACUGCAGUGAAAUUUUUCCAGUUUACAGUUUAUAAAGUCUGUGAGGAGGUGAUAAUAUAGCAUGAUCAUGGUGCCUUUUGUAAGUAAUAAUGCAAGCGAGUGCGAAAUUUGACAGGAGUCGUAGGGUUGAUAUUAUUUUCUGAAACCGUCACCUGUUUGGAAUAUUGAGAGGCAUUUUUCUGUCACAGACACAGUCACUUUGGUAAGUGUGUAUGUGUAAAGAUUUGAGUUCUCUAUAUCACAGACAGUGACUUUAUGGAAGGUAUAUAUAGUUGUAACUGUGUAUGUGCCGAGUUUCAGUUUCUAUAUAUAUGUAAAGAUGUGAGUUCUCUAUAUCACAGUGAUCGUCUUUAUGGAAGGUAUAUAUAGUUGUAACUUGUGUAUGUGCCGAGUUUCAGUUUCUGUAUAUAUGUAAAGAUGUGAGUUCUCUAUAUCACAGACAGUGACUUUAUGGAAGGUAUAUAUAGUUGUUACUGUGUAUGUGCCGAGUUUCAGUUUCUGUAUAUAUGUAAAGAUGUGAGUUCUCUAUAUCACAGACAGUGACUUUAUGGAAGGUAUAUAUAGUUGUUACUGUGUAUGUGCCAUGUUUCAGUUUCUGUAUAUAUGUAAAGAUUUGAGUUCACUCUAUCACAGAAAUUACAUAUGGUCUUUAUCAAACCUGCUGAAGUAUGUAAUUUAUUUUUUGAUAUUUGGAUGCAAUGAUAAAGGACGACCUGCUUAUGUUCCAGUAUGCAAACUGAAGAUUGGUUGGGGAACAUAAUCAAACCAGCAGAAACAAAAUAUAUUUUGAGUUAAAAUAAGAAUUUUACGAUACGUGUACUUCCUACAUGUACCUUACCUUGUGACAUGUGACACCUUUCCAAACAUCUCCAAAGAUACUUAUCAAAAGCAUUUUAUGAGAGAUUAUUUAUUUGAUUAAAUGAUUAAUUGAUUUAUGACACAUUCGAAAGGUACACAAGAGUUGAUAACACAUUUAAAAGGUACCCAAGAAUUUAUGACACAAUUUAAGGUACACAAGAAUUGACCACACAUUUAAAAGGUACACAAGCACUGGUGAAAAUACACAAGAGUUGGUGACGCAUUUAAAAGGUACACACGUUUGAUUUUAUGCAGUUUUAAAACUCAUGUAAUUCUUAUAUGACUAUUAAGACAUGAAUAUACGUGUACAUAAUGGGUGUAGAGAAAAGGAAUUUUAAAAAGAAAAGUAGGCAGAGUAUAGGCAUAUGGAAAAUAGCCUAAUAGAUUAUACUAAUUAUAUAAUGUGUACAUCUUUAAGGAAGAUGUUAACCGUGCUCAAACACAAGUCUCAUAUUUAAUAACUGCUACACGGUUUAUUUAGAGUACACUCCGUUUUUUUGUGUUAUAUCUCCAUAACAUGAAAAAUAUAUUUAAGUUAAUCCUUAU